GGCCGACCCGAGCAUCACCAGCUGAUCGGCAAAGGAAAACACUCUCUCGGGGAAGUCGGGGAUUCCUAUUAUUUCUAAAAUGUUUCCUGCGAGGAGCUUGAUCAGGGUGGUCCCUGCACUGAGCAGAGGAUUUGCUACGUCUCUCCCUAAACACGGAGGAGGAGCAUGGGCAUAUCGUGCUUCACCGGCAAAACCAAGCAAAUUUACGCUAUUUAAGGCAGAAAUGGUUGGUGCGGUGAUGUGGUGGUGGAUCUUGUACCAUCUUAUGACUGAACCAGAGCAUAUUACUGGUGAAUUUCCAUAUCCAGAUCCAUCAAAGUGGUCCAACGAAGAGCUCGGAAUCCCUGCCGAUGACGAGGAUUAAAAAUUAAUUAUAAGGUGUCAAUUUCACUAAAGUUUAGCUAAUGACAGGUCUUUUGUGAAAAUGUAAAUAUAUAUAUUAUGUAAUUUU